AUGGCCGACGACCCGCCGCGGCGUCCGCCGUCGGCGCUAGCGAGGAAGAGCGCGCCGGCGCAGCCGUGGUCGGACGUCGAGACGAUGCACCUCAUCGACGCGUACGAGGAGCGCUGGACGGCGCUGCGCCGCGGCCAGCUCAAGGCGCACCAGUGGGAGGAGGUGGCGGCCGAGGUCGUCGCCCGCUGCGCCGCCACACCGGGGGUCGUCGCCCAGCGCAAGACGGGCACCCAGUGCCGCCACAAGCUCGAGAAGCUCCGCAAGCGCUACCGCACCGAGGGCGCCCGCCCCGUCACCUCGCUCUGGCCUUACUUCCGCCGCAUGGAUCGCCUCGAACGGGGGCCCCUCGCCGCCUACCCGGCCGCGGCUGGCUCCCCGCCUGCCGCCGACGGCGACGAAGAGGAAGAGGAAGAAGAAGAGGAGGACGAAGAGGAGGAAAACGUGCAGGAGGAGGAAGAGGAAGAGCUCGUCCCCCGCAACAACACCCGGAGCAUCAACGGCAUCAUCCGGGAAUUCGGCACCGGCCUCGCCCCGCGCCACCCGCAGCUGCAGCUCCACCAGCCGCCGCCUUCUUCCAUCACGCCGUCCACCGCGCCCCCGCGCAAGAGGGUGGCCUACGAGGCGUUCCAGGCCAAGGCCGCCGCCGCCGCGGCGGCGGUGGCGGUCAAGGCCAAGGACGACGACGACGAGGCCGUGGAGCUGGCCCGCCGCGGGGGCUCCUCUGGGCGGGGGGCUGGGGGAGCCGGCGCGCAGCUCUCGGCUGUGCUGAGGGAUUUCGGCGAGGGCGUCAUGCGGCUGGAGCGGCGGCGCAUGGAGCCGAGGCUCGGCGGCCGCCGCGGCGUCUUCGGCCUCGACGCGCUUCUCUCGGCUGCGGAGCUGCUCUGCCUCGCGCCGCCGGCCAUCUGCUCGGUGGUCUGCGCUGCGCGCCUCGUCUUCCUGCCGGCUGGCGCCAGCGUCGUGCCCCCGCCGCUGCUGGUCCUGCAGUACGUGCUCUUGGUGGGCGCGGUGGCCAUCGGCAGCCUGAUACGGCGGAGGCAGUCGGGGCGGCUCCGCCCGGCGGCCGGUGCUGCGGGGGUGGGGGGUGGAUUGACGGGGAGGGUGGAGAAAGUGGAGGAGACUGUCAGGGGUAUGGUGGCGGCAAUUGCUGUGCUCUCGAGGACCGUCGAGAAGCUCGGCCUCAGGUUUAGGGUGUUGCGGAGGACGUUGAGGGACCCUAUCACUGAGACAGCGGCUUUAGCGCAGAAGAACUCUGAAGCCACUCGUAUUCUUUCUGCACAAGAAGACCUCCUUGAAAAAGAAAUCGGUGCAAUUCAAAAAAUUCUUUAUGCAAUGCAGGAACAACAGCAAAAGCAACUUGACCUAAUCCUUGCGAUUGGGGAAGCAAGCAGGAUACUGGAUGGCGAACAAGACUUGUUAGGCAGGGACAGUGCUAGAUCUUCCAGCGCAAGUCCAGCUCCAGAGCUGGAGAACAAACAAGUAGAAACAGAAUCUGAAGCGGUUACAGGAGGAAAUAACAAGUCCUGA